AAUUAUAAUUAAAGAUAUAACAUAUCGUUGGAAAAGGAAACAUUUAACCUUUGACUGCUUUAAAAAUUCCCGAUAUAUACUAUUUUGUCAAACAUUGUUUUGAAAGUGAAAACGGAAGUAAAUAAAGGCAUGCGCGUAAAACCCGAAAAAUAGUCAACAAUGGCAGAUGGCGAGAGAGAACGGAUCUUGGCUGAUUUUCAGGCUUGUUCAAAUUUAGAAGAUGUGGAAACUUGUAUAGCUAUUUUAGAUCAGAAUGAAUGGAAUUUAAUGAGAGCUUUAGGAAAUGUGAUGCCUGGAACAGAAGGACAACAUUCACCAGUUUUCCAUGAUAUAGAGCCAGGAGAUCCAGCCCCUAUGGACAUAUCAAAUAGUUUCCAUCCAGGUGUAUUUCCUGAGCCUGUACCUAUUGACAAUAAUGUGGCCGAUUCUUUUGCUACCUUUGACCCAGGGUCAGCAUCUGGACCUUCUAAUUUUGAUAUUGGGCCUUCAACUAGUUUUGGUACCAGACGUGCAGGACAGAAAACAAGGAUGUUACAUUUCAUUAUAGAAUACAGAGAAAAAAACAUUGAUGUGUCUUUAAAUGACUCAGAAACUGUUGGUAAAAUAAAGGAAGUCGUACAUUCAAGGUUGGGUGUUCCUCCUGAACAUCAGGAAUUAAAAGGCUGGAAGAAAAUAAAACCUGACGAUUCAAAAAUUCUAAGAGAUUUGCAUUUGCCACAGGAAAAUACUCUGUUUUUACUAACACCACAUUUAGAUAACAAAAAGAUUGUGACAACAAACAGUGAGGAAUUUGACGGAAGCUUUACAGAAUCCUUGAAUAGAACAUACAAACUUGUAAUAAACUUUACGGAUAAUGGCACUUCCAAAGAAUUUAAUUUAAAUGUUCCAGGAAUCAAAACUGUAGGAGAGAUUAAAGGAGAUGUGUAUGCUAUAACCAAUGUACCAGCCAGACAUCAGAUAUGGUCUGGUUGGCCUCCUGUUGCUGAUGAUGAUACUAUGACUAUAGGAUGUGCUGGAUUAUCUAUACCAGAACACAAAUUAACCCUCACUAAAUCAAAUAUAACCCACAGACCACAAGCCAAAAAGACGGUUGAGGAUGUUAUAGCAGAUAUAAGUGACGAUGAAGAAGAUUAUCAAAGUUGUUCAUUUCAUACAGAACCUGAUGAUGACAUGUUUGAAUCAGAAGACUCAAUGACACGCAAAAUGACAGCGUUAAUACCUGAAACUGUCAAAGAUGAAACAGAAGCUUUAGAACAUUUUACUAGAGAAUUUCGUGAAAGAUAUGGAGAAAAUCAUCCAGUAUUUUUUGUUGGAACCCUAGAAAAUGCAUUAAAAGAAGCUUUACAAGGGAGAGCAAAAGAUAGAAAGUUAUUAGCCAUAUAUCUACAUCAUGACAACAGUAUUUUAUCUAAUGUGUUCUGCUCACAAGUGUUGUGUAGUGACAGUAUAGUUAAUUAUCUCAGUAAUAAUUUUGUUACAUGGGCCUGGGAUCUCUCAUUAGAAACAAAUAAUGCAAGAUUAAUAACCUUAGCAAAAAGACAUUUUGGUAGUAUUGCAUCAACACAGAUUCGCAAUUACAGACCUGAUCAACUUCCUGUUUUAUAUAUAAUCUCAAGGUCAAGGUCAUCCAAUGAAGUAGUUGAUGUCAUACAAGGUUCAGUGACAUUAGAUGAAUUAAUGACUAGGUUAAUACAUGUAGUAGAGGUAUUUAAUCAACAGCUAACAGGGGAGAUAGAAGAAGAGUCAGAAAGAGAUGCAAGAGAGAUGAUCAGGAAAGAACAAGAAACAGCUUUCCAGGAGUCAUUAGCUGCAGAUAAAGCUAAAGCUGAAGCAUUAAAACUUGAAAGAGAAGAGGAGAUGAAAAAACAGGCUGAAGAACAACGACAAAAAAUAGAGGAAGAACAGAAACAAGAAGCUCUUAUGUUAUCAGCAGAAAUUGCUAUGCCAGAUGAACCAAGUCCAGACUGUAAAGAUCCUAUAACAGUGUUACGGAUACGAACACCAGAUGGGGAGACAUUAUCUCGGAGAUUCAGAGCUGAGGAACCAUUAAAACACCUUAUUUAUUAUGUUACGUCAAAAGGCUUCAAUACAGAGGGAUAUAAACUGUUAACCACUUUCCCAAGAAAAGAUAUUUCACAAGAAGAUGAUAAAAGAACAUUACAAGAUUUAAAACUUUACCCUCAGGAGACAUUAAUGGUAGAAGAAAGAUAAAGAAGCAUGUUAACCCCCCAUUCUGUGUCUGUGAUAACCUUAUGUUCAUUAUUUAUUUGUCCUACUGUUAUGAAAUAGCAGCAGGGUGUGUCCCAUCAACAUACCAUACUCUAAGGGUAUCUCAAUCUUUCUUUUUAUUGAUAUUUCAGCAUGAAAAAGAUUUGCUGGGCUGGUACAAAUCUUCUUAUAUACGUAUUGUUCAUACAAUAUAAAAUUAGACAUUGUUGUGUUCAUGGAACAACAAAACCAUAAAAUUAAACAAUCAACAAAAGGACAUUUAUAUUUAUUUGUGUUGCUCAAAGUUUGAAAAUCCAACACAUGGAAAAUCAGCAUUCUUAAAUUUGAGUAUAUUCACGCUUAUUUAUGUUAUUUUAUUUUCUAAAGCUGAAAGUGAGACACAUGUAAAAGAGCAGUGAAUUGUUUUAGAGUAUUGUGAUUCAUUUUUUAAGGAAUAAUAAAUAACAAAUUGAAUGAACCUUCUUUGAGAAAAGGGAAAUCAUUUUGACUGUUGUAAGUGGUAGCUUUUUAUUUUAAUGUUUGAAGAAUAAAGUUGAUUAAGUAUAAGAUAUUUUUUAUUUAAUGCAAAUCACCUGAUUUGAAAAGGUAAUUUUGAUACAACCAUUAUCAGCUGUUGACCGGUGAAUAUAUUCUCUUAACAAGUGAACAUAUUUUUCAUUUGAGUCUUUUUUUCUGAAGCUAUUUACCACAUUUGUUAAUACCAUAAUGUCACUAUUGUGGUUCAUUUUAGCAGUUUAUAUUUUAUGAAUCUAAGAGUCAAAUAUUUCUUGAAAGUUUCAGUUCUGUUAUUCUUGUCCUAAAACUGAUUUCCUUUACAGGAGGAGCUAUUUUUUACCAAUUCAUCCUAGUCAUGAAAAUUUCACAUUUUACAAUAAACAUGAUUUCAAUUUGAAGGUCCACUUCAGCAUACUUUUUUAUAUACAUUUGUAUAAAAGACAUUUUCAGUUGAGAAGAAAAUAAUUCAGAUAAAUGAGAUAAUUCCAGUGUUCUGUGAACCACAAAAACCUUAUUUGACAUAAUUUAAAAAGUGUACCUCAUAAUAAACAUGUGUACAAAGUUUCUAGUUGAUUUGACUACAAAUUACCUAAAACCAAAACUUGAAACUGAUGCCAGUUGAACAAUUCAUUAAAGUCAGCUAAAUCUUUCUUAAAUUUUAACAUUACUUUACUAUUAAAAAAAUUAAUUGUAUGACUGCUGGCCAUGCUGUGUUUUAAUGUGUAUAUAUUUUACGUAUUAUAAACUGUGAGUUUUAAGGCAUGUACAUGCUUACAACAGUAUAGACAGGCUUUCUGCUCUGUAAUAUUGUGUAACUCAAUCUUUUAUUUUUAUUGAUUGAAAGCUGAUCUCUAUAGUUUUCAAAAUUGUCAUGGUAUUAAAAUGGCAAGAACUUGUUGUUUUAUAAAUAAAAUGAAAAGAAUUCA